AUUGUUUUCUGGAGCAGAAACAGAAGAGAUAUUGAAAUUAUCAAUGAUCAAAGGCGGGACCUUUGAUAAAUUCGUUGAAUUGUUCUAGUUCAUGGAAGGGACGAGACCAUCGUUGGGAAGAGUUGAACAUGUCUGGACCUUUGAUAAAUUCGUUGAAUGUAUUGUUCUAGUUCAUGGAAGGGACGAGACCAUCGUUGGAAAGAGUUGAACAUGUCUAUAAAAACAAAGUUUUCAUCACGUCUUUUUCUUUCAGUAUACAACCUCUUUUUCUUGUACCAUACAAUAAGAACGCGCUUUUAAAACAUGUGCAUGGCUAGCCGAUACUUCAUCAGUAACACGUUUGACAAUCCAUAUGCCUGGGUGCAAGGUCAUUAUGGUUAUACGUGGUCGACAAAUGCAUUAUGCUACGGUGACGGUGGUAUGAAUGAUUACUACUACCCAGAAGAGGAUCGCAACAAUAUCGCUCCUAGCCGGAUUUUGUCGCUCUAUGAUUGUAAUGAAGCAAUCAAUAAUCCCAUUCUCUUUGACCCGGAAUCGGUUACUCCAAGCAGCGAACGAUCAUUUGAAUCAACCGGUACAGCUUUUACCAGUGAUUUGACUGCCACUAGUGCCGCAUCUGGCACUGUUACUGGUCCGGUCGACGCUACGGACGAAAAACAUUGCGUGAACUGCGAGUGCAAAGUGACAUCCGUGUGGCGAAGAUCGCAAGGCGAGUCUAUCUGCAAUGCCUGCCAUAUAUAUAACGGACACCGCCGCUUCACCAUCGGAGUAAAAAACGGCUCGCCAUUUCGACGUGUAAUUAGAAAAGAUCGCAAAGUUGUCUGUUCGAUUUGCCAAAAUGACGACGCGACCUUCAACUACGAAGUGGGCGAAACCCACGGUGUGAAAAAAUACCAAUGUCGUGUUUGUUACAACCACUGAUUCAAAUAUCUGGUUUUACCCCAUUAUGCUAUGUAGCACACUCUCGCUUCAGUUUUGACCUUUUUUCUUUCUUUCUGUUGUACAUACUCUUUUGAUUCUUUGCUGUAUCACAUCACCAUUUGUGUCACAUGCAUAAAACGCACGUAAUAAAGUGCCAGUGACCC